AUGCCUGUAAGAAGAGGUCACGUUGCGCCACAAAACACAUUCCUUGGAAUAAUAAUUCGGAAAUUCGAGGGUCAGAACCGGAAAUUUGUGAUAGCCAAUGCCAGGGUGGAGAACUGUGCAAUCAUAUACUGCAACGAUGGCUUCUGUGAGAUGACGGGCUUCUCCAGACCAGACAUCAUGCAGAAGCCAUGCACCUGUGACUUCCUCCACGGUGACCUAACUGACAAGGAGGCCAUCAACCAGGUGUCCCAGGCUGUGCUGGGGUCUGAGGAGCGUAAGGUGGAGAUCACCUACUACCGUAAGGAUGGAACUGACUUUCAGUGUAACACUCACAUAAUCCCAGUGAAGAAUGAGGAGGGUGUGGUGAUGAUGUUCAUCUUAAAUUUUGAUUACGUUCUGGAUGAGGGAAGUGACAGCUCCAUGGAGAAGAUAAGCCCCACAUCCCCUACAAAGUCAGAUCAAAGGAGGAGUAGAUUCUUCCGCUUCCGCCAGGCUGCUUUGAGCCUAAUGAAUACCAACAAGCAAUCGCUUCCGCAAGAGGACCCCGACGCUGUAAUGGUGGAUUCACCCAAAGAGAAUGAGGACUCAGUGGCCCUACAGAACUUCCCCUCACCCACCAAGAGCAUCUGCAGUCCCAUUGAGGCAAAUGACACACAUGCCCUCAUAGGCUCAAGCCACCAUUCUUCCCAGGCUAGCAUCGGUCCUGAACCACUUGACCAUUCAUCCCCUAAACUCCCCUGGGAGAAGCUGUACCAGACAGAGCCGCACCAAUCCUCUACCUCCCUGUCAAACACCUUCCCCAGAGGCAGCAUCAACAGCAUGAGGCGAGCCUCAUCCGUCCAUGAAAUUGAGGGCUACAGCUCAAAUUCCAAAAGUGUUUUCAGGGAUCGGCAUACAAGUGAAGGCCCUUUUAAUCAUGUGAAGUCCAGCCUGCUUGGCUCUACCUCUGAUUCUAACAUCAACAAGUAUAGCACCAUCAACAAGAUCCCUCUGAUUGCACUCAACUUCUCUGAGGGGACGGAUAAAAAGGCUCAUUCUCCGCCAACAUCUGAGAAAACCAUCAUUGCACCAAAGGUCAAAGACAGAACUCACAAUGUCACAGAAAAAGUCACGCAGGUCCUGUCACUCGGCGCUGAUGUGCUGCCAGAGUACAAACUCCAGACAGCCCGCAUUGACAAGUUCACCAUUCUCCACUACAGCCCCUUCAAAGCCAUGUGGGACUGGCUGAUCCUGCUGCUGGUGAUUUACACAGCAAUCCUCACUCCCUACUCUGCUGCUUUUCUUCUCAAUGACCAAGAGGAGCAGAAGAGGCGUGAAUGUGGAUACUCCUGCAGUCCUCUUAAUGUGGUGGAUUUAAUCGUGGACAUUAUGUUCAUCAUUGACAUCCUCAUUAACUUCAGAACCACUUACGUAAACCUGAACGAGGAAGUGGUCAGCCAUCCAGCUAAGAUAGCAAUCCAUUACUUUAAAGGCUGGUUCCUUAUAGACAUGGUGGCAGCAAUCCCCUUUGACCUUCUUAUCUUUGGCUCAGGAUCAGAUGAGACAACCACUCUGAUUGGCCUGUUGAAGACAGCUAGGCUCCUGCGAUUGGUGCGUGUAGCCAGGAAGCUGGACCGCUACUCUGAAUACGGAGCUGCAGUCCUCAUGUUGCUUAUGUGCAUCUUCGCCCUCAUUGCCCACUGGCUAGCCUGUAUAUGGUAUGCCAUCGGCAAUGUGGAGAAGCCCUACUUAGAGCACAAGAUUGGCUGGCUAGACAAUCUGGGCGUGUCCAUAGGGAAGCGAUACAACUACAGCGAUCCUAGCUCUGGUCCCUCGAUCAAGGACAAGUAUGUCACAGCACUUUACUUCACCUUCAGCAGUCUGACCAGCGUGGGCUUCGGAAACGUUUCCCCAAACACCAACUCUGAGAAGAUUUUUUCCAUCUGUGUCAUGUUGAUUGGCUCAUUAAUGUAUGCCAGUAUUUUUGGAAACGUCUCUGCCAUCAUCCAGAGGCUGUACUCGGGCACGGCCCGUUAUCAUGCUCAGAUGUUGCGGGUAAAGGAGUUCAUCCGCUUCCACCAGAUUCCCAACCCACUGAGGCAAAGGCUGGAGGAGUACUUCCAACAUUCGUGGACCUACACAAACGGCAUUGAUAUGAACACGGAGGUGUUAAAAGGUUUUCCUGAGUGCCUGCAGGCAGAUAUCUGCCUUCACCUCAACAGGAAUCUUCUUCACAACUGCAAAGCGUUCCAGGGAGCCACCAAAGGCUGCUUGAGGGCCUUGGCCAUGCGCUUCAAAACGACUCAUGCCCCUCCUGGAGACACUCUGGUCCACAGUGGUGAUGUGCUCACCGCUCUCUACUUUCUGUCUCGCGGCUCUAUUGAGAUCCUGAAAGAUGACAUUGUGGUAGCCAUCCUGGGAAAAAAUGACAUCUUUGGAGAAAUGAUCCAUCUGUUUGCUAAGCCUGGAAAGUCCAAUGCUGACGUGCGAGCUCUGAGUUACUGUGACCUCAGCACCAUUCAGAGGGAAGAUCUGCUGGAGGUGUUAGACAUGUACCCAGAAUUUGCUGACUACUUCUUCAACAACCUGGAGCUUACUUUCAACCUCAGAGAUGAGUCUGCCAAGCCCUCCAGUUCCCAGGGCAGUGAUUCAGAUGGCGAGGGCACUAAAAGCAUUAAAAGAAGAAUCUCCUUCACACCAGAUCUGUCCAAGGGGGAAAACAAGGAAGUGGUUACAGAUGUGGGGAGAGAGAGGGAGUCUAACUCAUGCCUAAAGAGAUGUUCAGGAGUCCUGGGUCCCUCUUCGCCCAAUCCCCCAGCCCUGGACUCAGAUCUUAUUGUCAGAGACAGCUUGGAGAGAAGUCCAUCUUUUGAGGAUCUGUGCUGUGAUAAAUGGGCCUGUAAGAAGCCUACAGACUACCUGGAUGAGUCAGCACAGUUCCAGGACCUGAGAGAGGAUGAUAAUUCUGCCAGCGAAAUCACAUAUGGAGAGGUGGAACAGCGCUUAGGUCAGCUUCAAGAGCACUUGAACAGGCUGGAGUCCCAGCUGAUGUCAGAUAUUCAGACCAUCCUGCAUCUGCUGCAGAGACAGCCGACUCUGGGACCUCCAGCUUACAGCACUGUAACUGCCAGCCCAGACUAUCACAGACCUGCUGUAAAGGUUCAGCCAGUUGCUCUGACUGCAAGCCAUUUUUUCAGCCAUACAGAAACUCAAGGCCCCAACCACAAACUGGAGAGCACCAUUCAGGAAUCCAAAGACUCUCUGUCGAGCUUGGCCAACAUGAAUGCCCCCAUCGACGACAGCCUUACAGCACUGCUUGUACAAAGACAUACAGAGCCACAACAACAACAACAGCAGAUCACAGGGCAUCAACAGUCUGCAUUGAUGCUUCUUCCAACUGAAACCUCGUCCACAUCCUCCUCUUCCUCCCCAUCCCCCUCUGACUCCAACCUCAAUGCCACUGGACUCCAUAGGCCUGUUUCAGACCCAGAGUUUCCAGGGCCCUAA